CCGCCAUACUCACCUGAUAUGAGUCCAUGCAAUUAUGAUCUCUUUGCCAAAAUGAAAGAACCACUGCGAGGGACAUGUUACAACACAUGAGAGGAGAUUGUUCGUGCUGUGGGGCGGUCACUGCUGGACAUCAGUAGAAGUGGACACACUGAUGGUGUAUGACGCCUUCCACAAAUUUGGCAGGUGGUGGUCCACAUGGGGGGCAAUUACAUUGAAGGAAUGUAAGUGUGUUUACCUCAGGUAAUAAAGUGAUUUCAGAACUAUAGAGCUGUUGCCAUUACUUUUUAUCCGACCUUUGUAUGAGUAUAGUUUCUUUGUGUUUCUAUCCCUAAAUCUCACAAAAAGGAAAAGGUGGGUCAAAAGAGCCACAGUCUAGCUUUAAAAGGUCACUCCAUCGCAGCACCAUUUAAAUGAUCAUAAUGAUUUAAGGAGCAUUUCUUAUCCCAUGUUCACUGUAACUUGUUCUUGUACUGGGAGCCUUAAUGUAACUGCCUGAAGAAAUGUACACAAUUCAGAAUCAACCUGUACAGAGAAUAUACAAUGAAAUUAGGUCAGUAGGUAUGUGGAACAAUGUUGCAUAACAAAAGCAUUAAAUUUGGCUUAUCUAGUGAACAUACAAUACAAAAUUUGUACUGACAUAACUGAGUACUGUAAAUUCUGAACCCACUUUAAAUACCAAAUUAACAAAGUACUGUAAGAUGUUCCUACAUAGCAAAACUAGAGAUAAAGUUAAACACAUACCAAUUCCUUUCAAAGUCACGCUAGUAAUUAAUAACACAAAUGCAUAAAAUCUUGACACAUCUUACAUAACAAACAUGUACUUCAAAACAGCCACAAAUUUUGACAUCACACCUUAAGAUUACAAUGGAUGGAAUGUGUUAUACAAGAUGUCAGAGAACACGUUAAACUGCUGUUCUGGACUGAUACAUAUGACUGUCUUUAACAGCUAAUAGGAAAUGGAAUUAUUAAAGUAACUUAUAUUAAGUAUUCAAAAUCAUUACUUUUAUAUGUUUUCUUUUCCACAUGUCCCUAAAAUUUUACAGUUUGUAUGCACUGUUUAUUGCUUCUUAAUUCUUCACAGAAUCAUUAUGAAAAGCAAUCAGAAUGUCAUUUCCAUUAUCUGUUCAGCAGUAUGAUGAUGAUGAAGUCAGUUUAUAUGACAUAUUGCACAUCCUACAGUCAUUUUGACCAACUUUGGGUCCAUGGAAUGCAAUGUAAUGUAAUUUUCUUAUUUGUUUAAAAUAGGUGAAGUGUAUACCAGUAAAGGAAACAUUUGUUAUCCAGCACAAAAGUAAUCUGUAUAUUACAAGGAGGAAAGAAAAUAAAAGUUAUAACGAGAAAAGAAGCAUGCUAUACAAUUUAUUUGAUCUGCUUCUCAGGAAUGGAAAAAUCAAUUCUACAGCUAAAAAUCUUCUGAGAUGUGAUGUUGUACAGUUUAGUGCAUAAAUACCAUCACUUUGGAGGAACUGGCACCUCCAUCUCCAGAGUAAGUGAAGGCAGCACGUUGCUCCAAAAUACUGGUACCCAUCUAUGAAACUAUGCAGUGCAACAUCAAGUUCCAGAACAUGAGAAUCCAGCAACUCAUUCACAUCUUCAGAAGAUACUUCAAGAUCCAACUGAUUUGCUGUCUCCAUCACGGAUCUUGUGACUUCUGCUAUCAGGUUCUGCUAAAUGCUGUGGAAAAUUUUUGCUGCCUUCAUGUCAGUGCUGGCUACUUCUCCCUGGACUUGAAUGUUAUGCCAACCAGCUCUCUUCUGAAAGCAGUCACACCAACUCUAGCUAGCAAUGAAAAUCUUGUCAUUGGAUGUGUCACCAUCUUUACUCUUAAAUGUCUCGAAGAGACUCUUGGCCUCUUGUCAACUUUAUGGCUUGAUUGAGAGGUACAUGCAAUCACUGCCUCUGACCAUUAAUCCACAUAACAGUUUUUCUACCUCUCAUAUGAAUCAGUAGUCUGCAUUGUCCUUGUAUUAUUCACUUCCUUCGAACAUUCAGCCGUACCCUUCAAAAUCGUACCCACAGCUGAUUGAGCCACCUCAAAUUUAUUGCAUAGGGCAUGCACUUUCAUGCUGCAAUCAUUUAGUUUCAAAAGUUCAAGGAAUGCAACCUGUUGCGUUGAUGUAUAUUGUUUGUUUAUCGGUCACAACACAACAACUCUCGAAAUCUCGUUCACAUGAGCUGUGAAUAAUGAGUUUAUUAAAUUCAGUGGUAUCUUGCUACAUGUUUUGGCUAAUGAAAAGCCAUCAUCAGGCAGAUAUACAUCAAUAACUUAUUCUUAAACUAUUUGAUUGCAUCCUGUGUGCAUUCAGCGUUCCAAUGUCUAGUUCUGUUAAAAGUUGCUUGCAGAAAAUAGAGGAACCCAUAAAAUAGAAAACCAGAAUGGAAAAUAACAGUAUACAACACCACACCCACUGACUGCAAACAACACAACUGCUUCAUGGGAGAAUUAAACAGAACUAAUCAUAACAAAAACAAGGUCAGUAAAUUACCACAUGAUUUAACAUCAUGACUGCAAUCAUAAAUAUUAAUAUGUAACAGUAUAUGAGACACCUAAACAUCAUGUAAUAAUAUAUUAACUCAUUGUCUAAGUGUAUUUUAUAAUUAUAAACCUCUGUAAUUUAUUAUAUUAUUUAUAUUUUAUACUAGUGUAUGAACAUCUGUAAACAUAAUUAACAUAAAGUUUUUAUUCUGGUUGAAUGGCUGUAUAGGAGCAGCAGUGGCCUUAAUUCUGGCAAAAUGCUGAAAAUCUGAUUCAUCAGUAACAACUGUACUACUGUGACAUAUAUCCACACAGAAUGCAAUUCAGUAGUUUAAGAGAUUAAUGCAUAUCUGCCUGAUGAUGGCGUUUCAUUAGCCAAAACAUGUAGCAAGAUACCACUGAAAUUAAUAAACUCGUUAUAUACAGUUAAUGUGACCGCCUCUGUGGUCUAGUGGUCAGCGUUCCUGGCUACAGAUCCAGAGGUCCAGGUUU